AAGAUCGCAUUGUCAUCAAAACAGCUCAAUCAAUUUCAAACAAAUUCAUCCGCUCCUCCUCUCAUCCCUCCUCGAAAUCUCUGCUCUGCUGCGUUUGCUUUCCCUGAGGAGCAGGAGUCAGCGAUUUCCUCUACCAACACCCACCAUGGAACAAUAGGCGCCUUUUUUUCACAAAUGGGGGAUUUUGUUGAUGACUGUCACAUCGAGAUUGACCAUGCGUACGAGUUCGACGCCUCUCAGUUCUUCGAUUUCACCAGGCCUGAGGUUGAUUCCGAUAUUCAGGAGCUUGAGCGCUGGUUCCAAAUUUCCGGAGAUUAUCCCAAUUCUCCUUUUAUCGUGGAAUUGAAUAUAGGCAAAAUACUGCCUGUGACCAGCUCUUGUAAAUCAUCAAAACCUAAAAAAGGAUGCAGCAGUUCGGAUACUGAUAGCAGGCAUGGGCUUCCCCCUUCUAAAAAGAAUGCCAAAGUAAAAGGCCAUCUUGCGGUUGAGGAUGCAGCAAAGCCGAAACCCAAGGCUUCUAAUAAUUUAUCUCAAACGCGGAGUGCAAACUUUAUGGAACCUACAGCUAGUCAUUUGGCAAAGAAAAAUGCAGUACUGCAUUACAAGCAACAAUCCAGCCACCAUUUCACAAGGUUCCAGAGAAUUGGGACCAUGCAGGACGAGAAAAUAAGUUUCAUUGGAUAUCAAAAUCAUGCAACGAAGCGACAAAAGCUUGAGACAGGGUUCUUGGACAAGGAUAAUGUUCCAAGAGAACCAGAGCAGGGAAUACUGCUCAGAUCACAAAGUCAAAGGUCCAAGAACAGUUCUGCUUCGAGCACAACUGACAGCCAGGAAAGCAAGGGUCCCUUUAAAGCUCAAAAUCAUUCACACAGAAAAAUUUUGCAGUCUCGUUCGUUACCCCAACUAAGAAAGAGCAAGACACCACUUACAGAGUUUCAAGAAUUUAACUUCAAAACUAGGGAGAGGGCCAAUCACCAUUCAUCAGCUAAGGAAAACACAUCAAAACUCCUGGAAAGUCCUCUCACAGAGGAGUUCAACAAGCUCUCUCUGGGACCAAAGUCGAAGAGAACGUGUCAGUCAGACAGUUCGUCCUGGGCCAGCUCCAGGACAAGUUCCACAUUCUCGGGUACGAGUCGAAGUAGCCAUGGUUCUAUUCAUCCAGGGUUGUGGAGAUGUCAGAAGAGACCUAAUCAUCAUUGUGGAGCUCGUGCAAUGCCUCAUCAACCCAAAAUCACUAGGUAACUGUCUUACUUAAUAAAUUAAAUUGUGUUGCCUUUUGUAAAAAUAUGAUCACCUUCAAAAUAUACAAAAGCCUGACUUCUCAAUAUACUUUUUUCCAAAAAUAACCGAAUGCCGAUUCUUCCACUGUAUCUAUCGUUUGGCGCGCUCAAGUUCCCCAUGCAAAUCUAAUUUUAAAAUUGGAAAUGGUACAACAUUUACAUGUAGGACUACCAGUUGCUAAUUAUAAAUAUAAAACAAACAAAAAAACUGUGUUAUUUAGCUCAUCUUUUGAAAAAAUAUAGCACUUGUUUUGGAUAUCUUUUGAAGAUCACAAUAUUUUUGUAAAAAAUACCAAAAUUCAGGCCAUAAGUUGAGAUAAAUAAAUAUGAUUUGAAAUGAACUAUUUCGAAUUUCAUGCCCUCUCUGGGUGACUUUCGGCCUUAAUCCGCAAGCCCGGUCGAGCAGGAUUAGUCGGAUUUCGCCAAAAGGCGGAUUCGGUACACCUGUGGUUAAACCAAAAAAAAUACCCCUAAUUGGUAUCUAAUAAGUAUAAUAGACGCAUUUUCUAUUUUUUUGUUUUUUGUUGUAAUUUCAGUUGUAUUCUACUCUGUUAUCAUUAUUAAUUUAUUUCGGUCUUUAAUUCUAAUUUGAUCGGUAUCAUAUUUGUGAUUCAGACUUCACUCGAUAUUUAAGUCAAUGUUAUUAUGGACAAUUUAUUUUUUUAACUUGAAUGUUA